UACCAAUCACAGGCCAGUUAUGGUGGUGACUACAAAGGUUAUCUUCCUCAGGGAUACGGCCAACAAUACCCUGGCUCACCCGGUCCACGAGGUUCAUCCGGCCCUCCCGGUCCUCCGGGACCUCAAGGAUUCCAGGGUAUGAGAGGCGAGCCUGGAGAGCCUGGACCCCCAGGCCCCUCCGGACCCCGUGGCCCCAUGGGACCCCCUGGUGUUCCUGGACAAGAUGGAGAGUCUGGCCGAGAUGGAGAGGCUGGCCCACGUGGUCUUCAAGGUUUAACAGGUAACCGUGGUAUGCCGGGCAUCCCAGGUCUGCCCGGACCUAAAGGACACAGAGGAUUCACAGGAGUUCCCGGCAAGGCCGGCAGUGACGGAAGACAAGGAGACAAGGGUAAUGUUGGCGCCACAGGUCCCCCUGGUCCUGCUGGUCCCCAAGGUCCCCGGGGCAGUGCCGGCGAGAGAGGCCGAGACGGUGCCACUGGAUCUCCAGGUCUUCGCGGUACUGACGGCUCUCCGGGAAACCCUGGCCCCCCAGGUCCCGUCGGCCCAGCUGGUCCCCCUGGCUUCCCCGGCUCUGCUGGUGCAAAGGGUGAUCGUGGAAACGGUGGACCUCGUGGUGCCAUCGGUGCUGCUGGACCUCGAGGAGAGAGCGGUAGUCCGGGUGCCCCCGGAGAACCUGGACGAAUUGGAGAGGCUGGUCAGGAUGGAGUACCCGGCGAAAGAGGCGCUCCCGGCGAUCCCGGCCCCGCUGGAGCUCCUGGCUUCCCAGGACCACGUGGCCCUCCCGGAACCAAUGGUGCUCUAGGACCAACUGGCCCCCAGGGCCCAAGUGGUGACCCAGGUAUGCCUGGAGAGAGAGGUCAGACUGGAGAGAGAGGAUCUGACGGUACCCCCGGGGAGAGAGGACUUCCAGGUCUCCCAGGAGCAGAGGGCAAGAGAGGACAACGUGGAAACACCGGUGCACCCGGACCCCAAGGCACUGCCGGAGAGAGAGGUGCUCCCGGCGGUAGAGGAGCUCCUGGUCCUAGUGGAAUCCCAGGGGCCAAGGGAGAGACUGGCGAAAGAGGAGCUAGGGGCGAACAAGGUGCUGAAGGUAGCCAGGGUGAACAAGGUAGACCCGGAGCCGUUGGACCCCAAGGUUUAAGGGGAGCACCCGGUCAGCAGGGUAAUGACGGACGAAGUGGGCCCCCAGGACCACCUGGUCCCCCAGGUGAGAACGGCAAACCCGGAGAACAAGGUGCCCGUGGUCUGACCGGACUUCCAGGUCUUCAGGGCCCACCAGGCGUACCCGGAGAGCAGGGUGUCCCCGGCAAUGACGGAGUUCCUGGUGAACAAGGAGUGGCUGGGCCCAAGGGAGAAGCUGGUAUAGAUGGCGACCCCGGUCCUCCUGGUGAAACUGGUCUACAGGGAGAGCGUGGUGAAGCUGGAGGCCCAGGAGCGGUGGGCCCACCAGGAUUCCAGGGCCUUCCCGGUCCUAUUGGAGCCCCCGGCGAGGCAGGCAAGCCAGGCGAGCCCGGUAUUCCGGGAGAAGCAGGCACGCCCGGUCAGCCAGGAGGUCGGGGCGAGAGAGGAUUCGCUGGUGAGCGAGGUGCGACUGGUCAGUCAGGUGCCCCCGGUGAGAUGGGACCAAUGGGAGCCGCUGGAGAUGACGGACAACCGGGCCCACCAGGCGGGGUCGGCGAGAGAGGCGAGACCGGUGCUCCUGGUCUGAUUGGUCUUCCAGGAGAUCGUGGUUCCGUGGGCCCAGCCGGUCCCAGAGGCGAACAGGGAGUCCAAGGUGAACGAGGGAUUGAUGGUGACGCGGGACGACCCGGAGAGCCCGGUCCAGUAGGCUUACCAGGACCCCAGGGCAACCAAGGUAACACUGGUGCCCCAGGAGACCGCGGUGACCCAGGCCCCAGAGGAGAACAGGGACCCCAGGGAGUUCAAGGCGAGCGUGGACAACAGGGUGCCCCAGGAAAUCAGGGUCUGCCAGGGCUUCAGGGUGCCCCAGGACCUCAGGGAAUUAGAGGUGAACCCGGUUCUCCAGGAGUAAAGGGGGAUCCUGGUGAUGUUGGACGCCCAGGCGAGCCCGGAGCUACAGGAGCACCAGGUAACGAUGGUACCCCAGGCCGACGUGGAGGUCGCGGAGAUGCCGGACCCCCAGGUAAUGCAGGAACCCCAGGCACACCCGGCAAUCCAGGCCCACAAGGUCCCUCAGGCCCUGACGGCCCCACUGGGCCGCAGGGUCCUCCCGGAGGAGAAGGCGCUCCUGGUGCCCGAGGUGAGACUGGCCCCCCUGGACCUUCUGGAGAAGCCGGAGAACCCGGAGUUCCCGGACAACCAGGACAGAGAGGAGAAUCCGGCGAGGACGGCAGGCCGGGUCCCCCAGGCGCGACUGGACCUGCUGGCAGCCAGGGAGAAGUGGGGUCUCCAGGUGUUCCCGGUGUCCAGGGAGAGCGUGGGCCCAUCGGCGCCCUUGGUGCAAGGGGCGAAAAUGGCGACAUGGGUCCAUCUGGUAAAGACGGGGCCCCCGGAGCUGUUGGUCCUCCCGGUCCGCCAGGAAUCCCCGGAGCUAGCGGUGAACGCGGUAAUGACGGUGCUGCAGGUAAAGAUGGCGCCCCUGGUGUCCCAGGCCGUCCCGGAGAGAGGGGAUCGUUGGGCCCUCAGGGAGAACAGGGUAGCCAAGGUCUACCAGGACUUCAGGGUAUGCCCGGUCCCGCUGGACCUCAAGGAGAUGAGGGACAGAGAGGAGAGAGGGGAGAGACAGGCUCUCAAGGUGCACAAGGUCCACAAGGCGCGCGCGGUAAUACUGGAGCCACUGGAGCACAAGGAGCUCAGGGAGAGAGAGGAAGUCAAGGUGCUCAUGGAGCCAAGGGGCACGUUGGCUUGCCCGGAUUCCAGGGUCUACCCGGACCUGCCGGACAACCCGGAGAGCUCGGCCCACCCGGCCAACCCGGAUCUCAGGGACCACCUGGCUCCACUGGAAGUCGAGGACCCCCAGGUAAAGAUGGAGACAACGGACCCCCAGGUGUUAACGGACCUCCAGGUCAACGCGGUCCUUCCGGUGAUGAUGGACGACCUGGACCACCAGGUCCACCCGGCCCAGCUGGACGACCAGGUCCCCCUGGCGCUCCAGCUUACAGACCACCAGCCAUUUCCCAAGAGAAGGGACCUGAUCCCGCCUAUUACUACAGAGGUGAUGAAGCUAGACCAGACAUCGUUGACGUCACUGACAUCGCCAGCAUCAUGGAGCAGAUCAAGGCACCUACUGGACAACAGGAUGCCCCUGCUCGUUCAUGCAGAGACUUGGUCGUUUCAAACCCUGGCCUUGAUCUUCAGGAUGGUAUGUACUGGGUGGAUCCCAACCAAGGCAGACUGGCCGACAGCUUCCAGGUAUACUGUAAGAUAUCAACGAUGGAAACCUGCAUUCUACCACAGCCAAGCAUGAGUGACCGACAACGGUGGUCCACAGAGACGCCCAUUGACCACAUGUCAUUUGUGGAGAUGAGCAGCAGGAAGUUCUAUUACAAGGCUGAAGGCUCCCAGAUCCGUUUCCUCCAGCUCCUGAGUGGACACGCUUAUCAGAACGUCACCUAUCACUGCCGCAACUCUGUUGCCUACGGAGAUUCAACGACCAACGACUAUGUCAGCGACAUGGCUGUAAUGCUGGAACGAUUUGACGGAGAGACGAUAACACCUUUUGAUGAAAAUCCCAAGAAGAGAUAUGCUGUUAAAUUUGAUGGUUGCAAGGAUAAGACCAACACCUGGGACAAAACAGUUAUUGAAAUUAGCACGAGACACUCGCGCUGGCUACCAGUGACAGAUAUGUUUGUCCGUGACAUUGGUGCUGAGAACCAAGAGUUCGGCAUCGAGCUUGGUCCAGUCUGCUUCCGGUAACCUAGGAGCAGAUAUACCGAACUCUAGUCAGCCCAGGCCGACCGGCAAUUAUCAAUCUACCAUGCUGUUUUCUACCAUCUUGACAAUUGUUCAGUGUCACCGUGGACCAGGGGUAUUACGUGGAUCGAGUAUACGAAGUGACGGGGGUAAAGAUGUUUAUACUAGUUCCGACAGGGAAAAGGAGACAAUGUUUGGGUAGACUACCCCAGUGGGUUUCUCCAGACGUCCACAGUUGAAUGAAGAUACGUGAAACGCAACGGUCCAACUAUGUAGACCUCAAACAUUCUGUGAUAUUUGAAAAACCAAACACUGCCAUUGUUUCCCUGUACUACAAUUGGACAUAUCCCUUGGUAUGGCUCGAGAUAUUCUUUGCACUAUUUCUUUGUUCUUGUGAUCUAUCUGUCACGUGAAUGUAACAAUAAACCAUCGAGUAGUCAGCAAGUUGUUGAGUCGGCCGCGGCUGUAAAAAAAUAAAAAAAAAAUACUUAAAAAAACUA